AUGAGGUUACAUGAUGAACAUGGACAGCAAUUGGAGUGUCCAAGUCUCCCUUUAGGACCCGCACCUUACACUGAUCCAGCACAAGUAAAUCCACCAUUACCAGUGUCACCAUCUUCUUCGCGAAAUGUUCGUCCAGAAGUGGUCGUUGUCGUUGAGCGGUUAGAUGAGGAGACCGGCAAUGAGUACUUGUUGGCGGACCAGCAUGAAGUAUAUCACGAGGAGGUGGUGGCGAGUUCGAGUGGUGGUGCUGUGCGAGGCGUGCGGUUCCCAGCGACGGCAGCAGCAGGCGGGCGUAAGGCGCGAGGCGGCCGCGCCCGCGGAGCUCGCGUCUCCGACUCCUCGUCGUGGCGGCGCGGCGACCGCCUUGUUCAAGUGUAUGUGACAGACGAUGAUGUGCCUGAGGAUUUGUGCAAUACGAUUUUGAGGCUGGUGGCUGAUAGGGAAGCUCGAGAGCGGAGGGCCGAAAGGAGAAGGAUGGAAGUAGAUAAUGAUGAUGUGGCCGAUGGCAGUGGACAUGCGGCCCUAUUCGAAGGAGAUACGACUUCUCUUCACUAUGAUUGGCGCCCCAUCGACUCUGUGAAUUUUUUUAGCAUUGCCGUAAGGUCUUUACGUAAAUCUUCAAUUUCAGACGAAAAAUUGCAGUUGCAAAUAUGUUCUGGCUGUUUGCUUUUUCUGUGA